AUGUCUUGGGGCUUGGGGUGGAAGAGGCCCUCCGAGAUCUUCCAUCUAGCUCUCAACUACGGCACCGACGAUCCGCCGGAAACGUUUGACCGCAAGUCAAAGUCGUCGUCGGUGCUCUCGCAGGAGCAGGAGCUUGGUUUUCGCAUUGAAUUGGACUGGUCGGCGUCGGAGGAUGAGGAUCAGGUGGCGCUGAAGCUUCAGUCGCAGCUCAUGGUGGCUCUGCCGAUGCCGCAGGACACCGUCGAGGUGGAACUCAGGCCCGAUGAUGGUGAGGAGAGUGUGGAUUUGGACAUGAAGGUUGUUAAGAGAAGGGAGCCUCUCAGGACUGUCACGUUGACCAAGACUGUAGUCUCCGGGCAACAGAGUGAUGGAACCGGAGUUUUCAUUCGCCUGUUGCGCUCCAAUUUGGCUUCCGCCGCGCCGCCACCGGUUGCUGCUAGCUGCGGUGACCAUUGGAAAAGUGUUUCCGUGCUUAGACUCUGCGGAUGUGGUUUGUCGGUAUUUCCUGUAGAGCUUACUCAAUUGCCUAGUCUUGAAAAACUUUAUCUUGAUAACAACAAACUGACGGUUUUGCCGCCUGAGCUUGGUAAGCUGAGAAACUUAAGAGUGCUCAGAGUUGACAACAACAUGCUUAACUCGGUGCCUGUGGAACUGAGACAGUGUGUUCAAUUGGUGGAAUUGUCAUUGGAACACAACAAGCUUGUUCGGCCUCUCCUUGAUUUCAGGGCUAUGGCUGAACUACUGGUUCUUAGGCUAUUUGGAAAUCCUCUCGAGUUUCUACCUGAAAUUUUGCCCCUCCUCAAACUUCACCACCUUUCUCUUGCAAAUAUCAGGAUCGUGGCAGAUGAAAAUUUGAGAUCAGUGAAUGUACAAAUAGAGAUGGAAAACAGUCCUUUAUUUGGUGCAUCUAGGCAUAAGCUUAGUGCCUUCUUCUCUCUCAUAUUCCGUUUUUCUUCUUGUCAUCACCCUUUACUAGCAUCUGCACUUGCAAAGAUAAUGCAAGACCAAGGAAAUAGAGUGGUUGUUGGUAAAGAUGAGAAUGCAGUGCGGCAGCUUAUAAGCAUGAUAAGUAGUGACGACCGCCAUGUGGUUAAACAAGCCUGCUCUGCUCUUUCAGCUCUUGCCUCUGAUGUUUCUGUCUCACUGCAGCUGAUCAAAGCAGAUAUCAUGCAACCCAUUGGAACAGCUCUGAAAUCUAUGGAUAGGGAAGAGGUAAUAUCUUUAUUGCAUGUUGUGGUGCAGAUGGCUUUUACAUCUGAUACCGUAGCCGAGAAGAUGUUGAACAAGGAUAUUUUGAAAUCAUUGAAAAAUUUAUGUGCCCAUAAAGAUCCAGAGGUACAAAGGCUAGCUCUGUUAGCUGUUGGGAAUUUAGCCUUCUGUCUGGAGAAUCGUCGUAUACUUGUUACUUCUGAAAGUUUGCGAGAACUUCUCUUACGCCUGACUGUUACAACUGAGCCACUUGUUUGUAAAGCUGCAGCUCGUGCUUUGGCAAUUCUUGGAGAAAAUGAAAACCUGCGGCGUGCAAUACGAGGGAGACAAGUGCCAAAGCAAGGACUUCGCAUACUCUCAAUGGAUGGAGGUGGGAUGAAAGGUCUAGCAACUGUGAAAAUGCUAAAGGAAAUUGAAAAGGGAACUGGAAAACGAAUACAUGAAUUGUUUGAUUUAAUAUGCGGCACAUCAACGGGUGGAAUGCUAGCUGUUGAGCUUGGGAUUAAGUUAUUGAAUUUGGAAAAAUGUGAAGAUAUAUACAAAAAUCUUGGGAAGCUUGUUUUUGCUAAGCCUCUGCCGAAAGACAAUGAAGCUGCUACUUGGAGAGAGAAGAUAGAUCAAAUUUAUAAGAGUUCAUCACAGAAUUUUAGAGUUGUUGUUCAUGGAUCAAAACACAGUGCAGAUCAGUUUGAGAGCCUUUUGAAGGAAAUGUGUGCUGAUGAGGAUGGGGAUCUAAUGAUAGAUUCUGCUGUAAAAAAUGUUCCUAAAGUUUUUGUUGUAUCAACCUUGGUGAGUGUCAUGCCAGCACAGCCCUUCAUAUUCCGCAAUUAUCAGUACCCUGCUGGAACACCAGAGGUGGCUCUUGCAACAUCAGAAAGUUCAGGGAUCACUGUAUUAACUUCAUCUACAGCAGGUGCACCAAUUGGCUUUAAGCACAGUGCUUUCAUUGGAAGUUGUAAGCAUCUAGUGUGGCAGGCUAUCAGAGCUUCAUCUGCUGCUCCUUAUUAUCUUGAUGAUUUCUCCGAUGAUAUCAAUCGCUGGCAAGAUGGUGCAAUAGUGGCAAACAAUCCAACAAUUUUUGCCAUAAGAGAAGCUCAACUUCUGUGGCCUGACACGAAAAUUGAUUGCCUGGUUUCAUUAGGGUGUGGUUCCACUCCAACAAGGGUGCGAAAGGGGGGUUGGCGGUAUCUGGAUACAGGGCAGGUGUUGAUUGAGAGUGCAUGCUCUGUUGACCGGGUGGAGGAAGCUUUAAGUACACUGCUACCUAUGCUUCCUGAGAUACAAUAUUUUCGUUUCAAUCCUGUUGAUGAACGUUGUGAUAUGGAACUUGAUGAGACUGAUCCAACUAUCUGGCUGAAGUUGGAAUCUGCAGUUGAUGAAUAUAUUCAAAAGAAUCAUCAGGCAUUUGAAAAUGUUUGUGAGAGAUUGCUUCUGCCUUUCCAGCAUGAAGAGAAGUGGUCAGAGAAUCUAAGAUCUAAAGUAACCAAGACAGAGGGAUCAAAUGAGGAUGCUUGUGGCCCCACUUUAGGGUGGAGGCGUAAUGUACUACUCGUGGAAGCUUUACAUAAUCCCCAUUCUGGAAGAGCAAAGCACCAUGUCCUGGAGCUUGAGUCAUUUUGUGCUCGGACUGGGAUACGAUUGUCUCUCAUGCAGGGUUUGUCUGGGACUGUAAGAACAGUGCCAGCUUCAACAGUCCCGACUCCAUUUGCAUCGCCUCUAUUUACAGGAAGCUUUCCAUCAAGUCCAGAUUUUGGUCAUAGGAUUGGACGAAUUGAUCUGGUUCCACCUUUAAGUUUAGAUGGCCAGUUGGGAAAGAUAAAUGCAUCGCCUCCGGUGUCUCCCCGAGGACAUAGACAGCUUUCUUUGCCUGUCAGAUCAUUGCAUGAAAAAUUGCAGAAUUCACCACAAUUGGGUGUUAUACAUUUGGCCCUUCAAAAUGACUCAGAUGGCUUAAUUGUGAGUUGGCACAAUGAUGUAUUCGUGGUGGCUGAACCUGGUGAGCUUGCUGAGAAAUUUCUGCAAAGUGUUAAAUUCAGCUUAUUGUCAACAAUGAGGAGCCAUCGUAGAAAGGGUGCAUCUGUAAUGGCCAAUAUGUCUACCAUAUCUGAUUUGGUCGCCUUUAAACCUUAUUUCCAAAUUGGAGGCAUUGUCCACCGAUACCUAGGCCGUCAAACCUUAGUUAUGGAAGAUGAUCAAGAAAUUGGCUCCUAUAUGUUCCGUAGGACAGUCCCCUCUAUGCACUUAUCUCAUGAUGAUGUUCGAUGGAUGGUAGGAGCCUGGAGAGACAGGAUCAUUAUAUGCACAGGGAGAUAUGGACCCACUCCAGCUCUUAUUAAGGCCUUUCUAGACUGUGGGGCCAAAGCUGUCGUCUGCCCUUCAAAUGAACCCCCAGAGUCGCAGUUGACUACCUUUGAUGGUACCGGGGAAUUGAAUGUGAUGGAAAAUGGGAAGUUUGAAAUUGGAGAGGAUGAAGAAGCAGAUGAUGAGAUUACUCCUGAUAGUCCAUUAAGUGACUGGGAAGAUAUUGACGCUGAGAAAAAUGGGAACCACACUUUGUCAUUUUGGGAUGAUGACGAUGAAGAGGAAUUGUCUCAAUUUGUCUGUCAGUUGUAUGAUUCAUUGUUUAGGGAGGGUGCUAGUGUCAAUCAUGCUCUGCAGCAUGCUCUUGCUUCACAUCGGAGAUUAGGGUACGUGUGCCAUCUUCCCUGCAAGCAAUAAUGUAUUCACUUUAUCUU